GCCUCUGGAUCCCAUAUCCUCUCCCUGUUCAAUGCCGCUGGCUCAGUGCCUGCCUGAUGAGCAGAUCCGACUUCUCCGUCCUUGAUCUGACAACUUACUGUAGUUUUGUUUUCGACAAGAGGUUGCCUUUUCCUCCGAAGGGCGCAAACUCGUCUUUCCUUCGGAAGGUGACGAUCCGUGUUUGUUAGUUGCAGCUAGCCAUUGAUGAUGCAGCGAGUUUCCGCCCUCCUCCCGUGGGAUCGCAAUAGAUCGAGCACACCGGUCAUUGGUAACAGCAAUGGCCAUAACAAGACCGUUAUCCGGAAGAAUAGUGUCGACCUCGUCCGCGGCUGGGCCGACAAGAUCCCUUCACCUGUAAACCGCCUUAGCACGUCGAGGCUAAGUAGGGAUGUUUUCCUACCCGCGACUUUAGACAAGGAAUGCGACAAGGCCGCCCGCAUUCUUAAAUCCUUCUGUAGCGAUGGCUUCUCAACCCCAGACGACCGACCGGGGACCCCGUCAACUUACUCGAGUACACAAUCGUCGCAUAAGUUUCUAAAGAAGAUCCCUCCAAGAAUAUUACAAAAUGCUGUAGGGCUCGCGGUUUUUACUUCGAUGCGAUCUGGAAUAUGGAGUUCUGGGUCCGGGUCAGGCGGUAGCGGCAUUCUGAUCGCGCGCAAAACGGAUGGGACAUGGUCUCCGCCAUCUGGGUUAAUGCUUCAGACAGCUAGUUUGCGCUUCGUUUUUGGCGUUGAUAUUUAUGAUUGCGUUCUCGUUAUUAACAAUUUUACGGUCCUCGAAGCAUUUGCAAGGCCGCGGUUAACUCUUGGUACCGAUGUCAGUCUAACCGCUGGCCCUCUGGUGGCCGUGGGCCUCCUUGAAAAUGAUGUCACAUGGGCCGAUCUGAGCGAUAGGGCAAUUGCAUACGUGAAAGCGAAAGGACACAGUGCAGAGGUCAAGUUAGACGGAAUAGUCGUAACUGAGCGGGCUGAUGAAAAUGAGAGGUUCUAUGGGAUGAAAAUCAGUGUCGCGAAAAUUUUGGCGGGGGAUAUCAACCAAAGUCUGCCCCAAACGCGGCCUCUUACCGAAGUGCUCAAGGCUGCCGAGGGAAGAACGGACUAUGACACGGCCCUCGUUGAGCUGCUUUCCUCUGCGCCCGGAGAUGCAACCAUCGAAUCUCCGAGUUCAGGAGCCUCGUCGACAACAUUUGGAGCUCCUGAUUUCGAGGAUCCGGAUCCUUUUGGUGUCAUGGCUCUCGAGAUGGCUGGUAUGAGCAUCCGUGAAGCCGGCACACGACUGAGACCCGAUAGCAGCCAAUUCGAAUAUAACCCUAGCCCGACGAGCCCUUUCUAUCCCAAAGCUGGUCGCCAAAGUAUGGAUACCUAUCUGUCACGGAGCAAUAGGGGAAGCUAUAUGUCUAGCAGAACGAUGGCUACUGAACGAAGCCAAAUGACCGAUGCCGGCACGCAAACCUGUAACUUCCCAACACCUCAGACGACCCCAAGCUCAAGUCAAAGCCAAAGCGAAGACGGAAACCAGCCACAGACAACCGAAGACAUCCCGGCGGUGAAAGAGCCUGUUGAAGUUGACUAUACUAAGAUCGAUAUUAGUGCUCUGAGGAGCCUAUCAAAUUUCCCAGAUCUGGACGACGAGCUAAGCACGACGAUUAUUAAGGAGGAAGAUGAGCACGAUUUAGAAGUUGAAGUUACCAAAGACACGAAGAGUACGGGUACAGGUACGGGUACGCAUACCGAAAACAUUGGCAGUAAUGCAGCCGUUGAGUCAUUACAUGAGGGCAAUAAUAACAAUAGCGACGAAGAAGAGGAAGAGAAAGUUGAAGAGGAAAUUGAAGAGGAAGCUGAAGAGGAAGAGGAGGACGAAUCCGACGUGGAAGACGAGGCUAUUGUUUUCGAAGUUGCUACAGCCCAGGCGCCCGCUCGAGUAGCGAUGGUAGCUUCUCGAGUUAACAUUCCUGCAAGAGUGCCGCCUCCGCUUCCGCUCAGAAGUCCUGCCCGUACGUCUCGUACGAGAAGUCAGAUGGGAGAUGUCAAUGGUUUAAUGGGCAGUCCACUUAGACAGGAAUUUGAACUUGAAGGCGAAAUUGACGAAGCGACUACACCGAGGGCCAAAGAAGACCCUACCAAGCAUGCAGCAGUAAUGGACGAGGCACCGAUAGCGAAUGAGGCUAGCGAUUCACACGAGGUUAAGCAAGAUAUCGAGAAAGCCGAGCACGUGGUCACUCCUACUCAAGAAUCUGAGAGCAUUAGCGGUCGCUCCUCUGCAAUAGGAAAUAGAUCUUCUUACGGAGAGAAGACCAUGACCAGGGCAUCAACAGGCACGGAGGAGCAGACAAGCUUUAAGGCCACUCCUGACGUCUCUGUCACUGUUGCGUAAGCGUGGUAAUGCUAUGUUCACAUUUUUCUUCAGUCACAACCAUGGGAAUUUUGGAGUUAUUGGGAAAGCAUAGGAACGAUUACAGGAAGGAUGAGAUACCACUAUGAUCAAGGAAUGAU